GGGAGAAGUUAGUUGUUUGAAAAGUUGACACAUCGUUGGGCAAUUUCCAAUUUUGGAACUUAACUCGCGUUUAUUGUUAACAAGAGCAAUGGCUGAGUGGGUGCAUUGUAACAACUGUUUCAUACAGCCUGGCAGCAAUGGAAGAACUUUCUAUCUGACUAAUUGUGGGCACAUGUUCUGUGAGAUCUGCUCUGAGCAAUGUACAAGUGAGAAAUGUUCGAUGUGUGGUAAUCCAUGUACAAAAGUUGCACUCACGGGAAAGAUGGCGCCUGAUGUAGAGUUAUUCUUCACUGACCCUGUAGAGCUGAUGAAGAGGCAUCAGAAACAACUGAUGCAAGUAAUGGACUUCCAGAAAAACCACAGACAAAGACUCACAUCUUACAUCAGAGAAAAAGUCACAAGACAAAAAUCUAUUAUUGAAAAUAGCAAGAAAACAAUGGGACAAGAUGUAGAUAGAGAGAUGAAGGCUUUAAGAGAGGAGAACCAGUACUUAAAGAGGUUAAUCCAGAGUGGAAGAGGAGGUGGUGGCCCAGGUACCCCUGGUGGCAUGAGAGGGUCCAUGAUGGGCACCCCCACAUCAACACAAAGGCCUCUGUCGGGGAAGACUCCCUCCCCCCAGGGAAACAACUCUCCCUUUAACCAGAGGGCCAAUAGAGCUAGGUCGCCUUAUUCAAAUGAGAAACUUGCUAGUCAGUUUACACAGCCCAGAACACCCAGUGGUAGCAAUAGGAUUACAAUUAGAGGGCCUCCAUCACAUGGAAGAAUGGGUGUGAUUCCACAAUCAAGUAGGACCCCAUCACCACAAAUGCAAAAACUCCUUGGGAGUGCAGGCAAUAUCUCUAUAGAGAGAGACAAGAGGGGACACAUCUCACCUAUGAAUGUCAGUCCAGGGCCCAGUGCUUCAUUGCGCCGUGAUGGAUCAAAGAGUUGUCCCCUUCUCUCCCACCAAGCCUCACCCCAUACAAUUACUGUACCAACAUCUCAUGGCUACUCCACACCUGUAAGGAAGCAGAUACAGUUACCCCCUCGCAGUAGAUCUGGUGGAAUAAGGCAAGCUCUAUUGUCAACGCCAGAGAUGUCACCUUUAGAUAACAGUAAAACUUGACUCUCUUCAAAAUGUCAGUAUAAUGAACAGUGCACACAUACUGCAUGAUGUCAGUAUAGGAAUCUGAAUGACAAUAUAUUAUAUGAUGUCAACAUAGUGGACAGUGUCGAUAGCCCAAUAUACUGUAUGAUGUGAAUUUCAAGAAUACCAAAAUGUUAUAUGAUAUCAUUGUUGAUUUGAUGUCAGUUUAGUGCUAUAGGUUGUAUGAUGUCAGAUUUAUAACAGUGUCAUUAUAUUUUAUUGUGACAGUAUUAAUCACCAUUGCUGAAAUGAUGCAAAAUGUCAAUAUAAUGAAGUGAAGUAAAAAAGUGUGUGUUUGGCAUCAUUUUUUAAAUAAUUGUAAGCCAAAACAAAGUUCUGCUAUUUUUUAGAUACACAGAGUGAUCCAGAAGUUAUGAUAAAAACACUGUGUCUUUUUCCUGAGUAAAGGUUAUCACAAUUUUAACUCAAUGU